AUGCAACAAUAGGAAAAAUAAUAGUAAUCCAGCGAUGAAGAAAUAGAAGUUUAAGAUCAAGGAUAAUAAUAAUAAUAACAAUAAUAAUAACAAUAACAAUAAUAAUAAUAACUUACUGUUGUUCAAAAGCAAACUCAAUACAAUUAGUAAUUAUUGGAUAAAUUAAAUAAACCACAUUAAUUUUGGGAGACACAACCUAUGCCCAAUAUUAAUGAAUUGGACUCCUUAAAGCCUGGUCCAAUUCAAGAGGGAAUUUUAGCAGAUGUUAGAAAAGACCCAUUUAAUUUGAUUUCUAAAUUUGAAUGGUGUAAUGUUGAUUUGAGAAAUGAUGAACAAGCUCAACAAGUCUAUACAUUAUUGAAGGAAAACUACGUUGAAGAUGAUGAUAAUAUGUUUAGAUUCGAUUAUUCAAUUGAUUUUUUGAGAUGGGCAUUAUUGCCACCAGGAUAACACCCUGAUUGGAUUGUGGGAGUUAAGGUCAACUAAAAGUUGGUUGGAUUUAUCACAGGAAUUCCUGUCACAUUACAUAUAGAAAAUUAGUAAACAAAAGUAAAGAUGACAGAAAUCAACUUCUUAUGUGUUCACAAAAAAAUUAGAGCAAAUAGAUUGGCUCCAGUUUUGAUCAAAGAAAUUACAAGAAGAGUUCAUAUCAAAAACAUGUGGCAAGCAGUCUACACAGCUGGAAUAGUUGUUCCCACUCCAAUUUCUUAAACAAGAUACUAUCACAGAAGUUUGAAUGCCAAGAAAUUAAUUGAAGUUGGAUUUUCAUCUCUUUCUGCAAGACAAACAAUUGCAAGAUAAUAAAAACUCUACAAAUUGCCUGAAGAGCCAAAAACCUAAGGGUUGAGAGCUAUGAAAAAAAAAGAUGUAGCUUAGGUUACAAAAUUAUUAAAUGAAUAUUUGAAAUAAUUCAAAUUGUAUUUUAAAUAUACUGAAGAUGAAGUCAAGCAUUGGUUUUUACCAAGAAAGGAUGUAAUAAGCACAUACGUUGUUGAGAAAGAACAAGGAGUGGUUACUGAUUUCUUAUCUUUUUAUAAUCUUCCAAGUUAAGUGAUUAAAAAUCCAAAACACACACAUUUAAGAGCAGCCUACUCUUAUUAUAAUGUGGCUACUUAAACUCCAAUUGUGUAAUUAAUGUAUGAUGCAUUGAUCCUAGCAAAAAAUGAAGGUUAUGAUGUAUUCAAUGCUUUGGAUAUUAUGGAAAAUGAAAAGUUUUUGAAAGAAUUAAUGUUCUGUCCAGGUGAUGGGUAAUUGAAUUAUUAUCUUUACAAUUGGAAAUUGGAGAGUAAUAUGCUUAAACCAGAAGAAAUAGGAAUUGUUCUUGUAUGA